AUGUCUGGUCAACGUUUCGCUGGAAAAGUUGUACUUAUUACUGGAUCUUCUAGUGGAAUCGGACAAGCUGCUGCUGUUUUAUUCGCUGGAGAAGGGGCAAAAGUUGUAAUAACCGGAAGAUGUGCUGAAAAUGUAGAGAAAACUAGAAAAAUGUGUAUGGCUGUUGGAGCAAAGUCAUCGGAUCUUCAUCCAACUGUUGGAGACGUAAUGGACGAUGGAUUUUUGAGUAUUCUAGUGGAAACUGUAAUUGAUACUUUUGGAAAAUUGGAUAUUCUGAUUAACAAUGCUGGCUCCUUAGAAGUGGAUAUGAGUGGAAAAGAAGGAUGGGAAAUGGGUUAUGAUGUUAUGCAGAGAUCAUGGGAUUCCAAUUUCAAACAAGUAAUGAUCUUGACACAAAAAGCUAUUCCACAUCUAGUCAAAACCAAAGGAGACAUUGUGAAUGUUUCAACUUUCUUAUCAUCUGGACCACUCGGAGUCAUGUCAAUGCCUUAUUAUGCUGUUCCCAAAGCAGCUUUAGAUCAAAUGAGCCGAUCGAUGGCUCAUGAAUUUAUACUGAAAGGAGUUCGUUUGAAUACGGUCAACCCGGGUCUCGUUAGAACCUCAUUCUUUUCGAGACUUGUAGGCGAAGAUAACGCUAGAAAAAUGGAGAAUUAUGUGCAAAGUAAACCAGAAUAUAUUCCAUUAGGAAGAGCUGCAACCGCUGAUGACGUCGCUCAUGCCAUCAUUUUCCUUGCGGACAGAAAAGUUUCCGAAUGUAUUGUUGGACAAAGUAUAAUUAUUGAUGGUGGUUCUCGUCUCUGUUGCAAUAUCGACAUGUCAGAUUUCAAGGAAAAAAUGGCAGAGGCUUGA